AUGAAAAGAGCACAUUCUGAACUAUUCUCUCCAUAUCGUUUUGUUGGAGUUGUCACAGGUGAUGUUGCCCCGUCAGUCAGAACCACAUUUGUUGGCAAGAAAUCCAUGUUAUCCGUGCUUUGUCCAAUCGAUAAUGUAAUUGUGCAAUAUAAUGGGCAAAAGUUGCGAGCGGUUGGAAUGUCAGAGCCACUUCCACAUAAGAUUGAUGCGAUUACAUCGUCUUCUUCGUGAGUUUGGCAUUGAAAUUGUUUUGUUUGAAAUGAAUAUUUGAGAAAAAUCUACAUUUUAACACGUGUUCUAUUUAAAAGUGAUAAAAACGUGUAGAUUUUUGGAAAUCUUUCAUUUUUCGAUUUCAAGAAAUUGGUGAAUGGAAUAUUUUUAGGUGAGAAAGCUCAAGCAAUCCUCAAAAUCUGUGUAUUUAUCCGGGAAAAUCCACAAAUAUUCAAAAUCAAUCAUUUUCAGAUGUGUCUACGCCUCCGCCUCCAAAGAAAUCGCAAUUCUCCCAUUUUGUCGUGAUAUCACCGCAAAAAUCGCAAUUCCCAUCAAAACCAAAUUCAUGGAACUUAUCGGAACUCAACUAAUCGUCAUUGACAUCGAAAAUGGCGUCAGAAUCAUUGAUGUUGAGAAACAAGAAACAGUUUUGUAUUUGGAAGGAAGCCCAGACUUUGAAAUCACUUCAAUUUGUCAUCCAAGCACGUAUUUGAAUAAAAUUGUGUUGGGUUCGGCUCAGGGGAAAUUGAGAAUUUUGAAUUUUCGAACUGGAAAAGUGAUUCAUGAAUUUGAGAGGGAAUUUGGAGCGGGAAUUUGUGUUUUGAGACAAUCGACGGCUUUGGAUAUUAUUGCGAUUGGAUUAGAGAAUGGACAGGUUAUUCUGCAUAAUUUGAAGAGCGAUAAGAUUCUACACAAGUUCAGACAUGAUGCUAAAAUUACCGAGAUUUCGUUUAGGUAAGGUUUUUUGGGAAAGGGAGGGGGUUCUGAAAAUUGAUUUUUAUCAUAAAAUUACACUGUUUCAACAUGUUUUUAUGUAAAAAACAUGAAUUUCGUGACUCGAUUUGAUUUUCGAUUGGCAUCAAAAAAUUAGAAGUAUAUAAUUUCCGAAAUUCCAUAAAAUUUACAAGCAAAAUUCCGAAAAUCUACUGUUUCAAGCGGAAUUGAUUUUUCCAUUGAAAAUUGAAUUUAUUAAAAUAAGAAAGUUGGAAAAAUGUACUGUUUCAACAUAUUUUUAUGUGAAAAACAUGGAUUUUUGAGUUGAUUCAUAGUGCUUGAUUAUAAUGGUCGCUCUUAAAAAAUAAAAAAAAAUACAAUUCCAAAAUUCCCCUGAUUUUACUAGCAGAAAUUCGAUAAUCGCAAAAUUUGCCUUGGAAAUUUGAAUUUCCUUGAUUUUUCUUCCUAAAAAUUACUGUUUCAAGCAAAAUUUUACUAAAAGAUUUUCCUCUGGAAGUUGAAUUUUUGCAAAAAAACUUUUCACUGUUUCAACCAAUGUUUAUACAGAAAACAAAUUCCUCAUAUUUUACUAUCAACAACAUACAUAAAAGGGUCCCCUGAAUCGGGGUGAGGGGCUUAACAUUUUUCAAAAAUCUGAAGGGAAGGGUGCCUAACUUGGCCAAUUUUCUGCUGAUAAUUUACCAAAAUUCGCUCAAAAAUGUGAGGCAGGUGUCUAACUUUGAAGAAUUUUCAAGGAGGGACCCUAACUUUAAAAACUUAAUCGGGGGACCUAUUUUAUGUAUGAUCAACAAUUUGAUAUUUACAAAUUUGUCUUCGAAAUUUGAUAUUGCUUGAUUUUUCUUUUGAAUAUUCAUAUUUAAAAAACGUUUUUUGAGUAGCUUAUAACAUUUUGAAAAGGGGAAAAUAUCAGAAUCUAGAAAUAAUGAAAAUUUAUGACAAAAAUUUAAAAAAAAUUCACUGUUUCAAAAAUGUUUUGAACUUGAAUCAUUUAUUAUUGGAAUGGUAGUUUAUAUUGUCGGAAACCUAUUAAAGGGUUGGUGCUCCGCCAGGGAAUCUUGUUUGGUAUUGAUAGGAAUAAGGUGCUCCUGGAAGGUUCCAGUUUUAGAAAAAAUUCUAGUAUCAAUUAAGCCCAUGUUUUUCCUCAAAAACACAAACGAAUUAAAACCUACGAAAUAAAACAAGUAAAUGCGCUCUAGCGCACAACUCGUUUUUGAAUUUUCGUGCGUGUGUUUGCACACAACUUUGAAAAUAACACGGUGACGCCUUUUUGCAGACGAUUUUUUCACCAGGAGAACACCAACCCUUUAAAUAAAAAUGACAAAUAGCAUGAAGAUAUUUGAUAUAUAUCAGACAGAAAGUCUAGAAAAAUCUUCAACAAAAUCCUAACACUGGAAUUUUGGAAAGUUUUCAGAGAUUUCAUGAACUUUUGGAAUAAAAAUAAAUUCAGGGAAAAUUAAUUUUCCCACUUUUUGCAGAGAUGAUGGUGAAUCAAGUAUGGUGACAGCAGAUUCAAAUGGUGUUUUAGCAGUCUGGAAUUUGGAAAAACAAGAAUUGAUUGGAAAAGUUAUGAAUAUCCAUACCGCAAAUGUAAAUCUUCUUCAUUUCAUUCCCGGUGAACCUAUCCUAAUUAGCGCAAGUACCGAUAACUCACUUCGAACUUGGAUUUUUGACGGUGCUGAUGGAAUGCCACGAGAAUUGGUGCAAUUAGAAGGACAUGCGAAACCAGUUACAAGUGUGCAAUUUGCUAAUAAACAUCAUAUUUUGAGCUCUGGAAUGGAUGGAUCGGUGAGAAAAUAUGAUGUGCAAUCAUUGACUAUGAGACAUAAAUUGGGAACUGCUGCAACUAUGUCAAAGUGAGGUUUUUUGGGGAGGGGAGGGGUUUGAAAAUUCAAGGAAAGGAUGCAUUUCUGAUCGAGAAAUUGAGAAAAUUGAUUUUUUCACUGAAAAAUCCUCAAUUUCUUCAUUUUUGACUUUGAAAUUAAUAAAAUUCAACAAAAAAUUUCCACAAAAAGUUCACUGUUUCAACAAUUCUAUGUAUUUUUUUUCGGGAAUUUUGACAAAAUGUUAUAAUAAACAAACAGUAGCCAUUUUUCUAAUUAUUUUCUGUCUUAUUUCAUUUCUCUGUAAUUUUUCUCCAAAUCUUAAUCAAAAUUCAUGGAAAAUUUAAAAAUUUUCCGGGAAAAAAUCACCCUGAAAUCUAAAAUUUAUGCUCAUUAAAAUUUCACAAAAAUUCACUGUUUCAACAUUUCUAUGUAUUUUUUUCGGGAAUUUUGACAAAAUGUUAUAAGAAACGCACAAACGCACAUUUUUCUAAUUGUUUUCUUUUUUUUUCUGUAAUUUUUCUCCAAAUGUUAAUCAAAAUUCAUGGAAAAUUUGAAAAUUUUCCGGGAAAAAGGCAUUCUGAAAUCUAAAAUUUAUGCUCAUUAAGAUCAAAAAAAUUCACUGUUUCAAAAUGUUUAUAAGAUUAUCCAUCAAUUUUUUCAAAUUGAUCACAUUACUUAAAAUUUUGUGUUUUAAAAACAUUUCAAAAAAUACUAUCCUAUACAUCCAAAAAUCCAAAUUAUUCACAUUUGUUUGCAGAACUCAAGCCAAGAAAAAAGGAGUGAAUUUCGAAAAUGUGAGACUGGAAAAUGUUGUCGAAAUGGCGGUUGGAUGGCAAAGAGAAGCGGCAUGGGAUAAUGUGGUUUGUAGACAUAAGUGAGUUGCGAUUUUGGGGCUAUUUUUGACUGGAAAUUGGGGAUUUUUUUGGCUGAAAUUAGUCUGAAACAGAAUAUUGGGCUGAAAAUUGCGAAAAGCUGAAUUUUCAUCCAAAAGAUGCAGUUUUUCUGCUAUGUUUUACUGAAAAUUUGGAAUUCAUUUUUAAAGUUUUAUUUUUUUUUGGAAUUUUUCGAGAAUCCAGAGAAAUUUUUUUUUCGAAAUUUUUAAUAUCGGCAAAAAGUGAGUUUUCAUAAUGAUUACCAAUUGCAAAAAAUGCCAAAAAUGAUAUUCAGAAACUUUUUUCAAAAUAAGAAUUCACUGUUUCAAAUUUUUAUUUUACAAUUUUUUAAAGUUUUAUUUGGGAUGUUAAAAUUCUAUUUUCGAUUGAAAACAAUUAGUAACAAAAAUUUCAAUUUUUGCCACGUCAGAAUUCAAAUUCAGAGUUUAUCAACGGGCUCAAAUCUACUAGAAAACAUUAAUUUUGUCGUAAAAUGUUGAGUACACUUUCCAAAAAAUAACCAAUAUUUUCAGAGACUCGCUGGAAAUCACAACAUGGACAACUCGAAACAAUUGUGCCGGAUCGGUGAAAAUUGAACAUGAGCGAUUCAAAAAUGACGCGUCGCUGAUUGGAACAAUUGCCACGUCGAUUUGUUUGUCGCCGUGUGGAAAUUUUGUUUUUGUUGGAUAUUCGAGUGGUAAAAUUUUUUUUUUGCACAAAAAAAUUCACUGUUUCAAAAAUGUUUUGAAUUUUUAUUAUUUUAGAGUAUGGUUGAUUGAUAGUUGUUAAACUAAGUUGUUAAAAAAUUCCGGAAAAUUAGAAAAACAUUGAAUUAUAUUCAGUCUGAAACUGUUUGCUUCAAAAUAAUUUGCCGAGUUUUCAAACUAGAAAAUGUAACGAUUUUUUUCGUGAAAAAAUGUUUUUGAAACAGUGAAAAAUUGGGGUUUUCUAAUUAAGAUUUUUUUGUUUAAAAUUUCAGUUUUUGUGCAAACUCUCCUAAUUUUGCAGGACAUCUCGAUAAAUUCAACAUUCAAAGUGGUCGUUUCAUCAAUUCGUUCACCGAAAAACCCGCCAAAAAGUCCACUCAAAAAGGAGGAAAAAAGAAGGCAGAAAUUGAAAAACGAACAGCCCAUGGUUCCCCAAUAACAUCUCUAACAAUUGACCAACGAGGAAUCGAAUUAGCAAGUGGAUGUAGAAAUGGUGUGAUCAGAUUUUGGAAUUUGGCCAACAAUCAAUGUAUUAUUCGAUUGAGAACUCCAUCCAAUUUGAGAAUUGAGAAAAGUGUUGCGAGUCCGGCUAAUAAUUUGAUUGCUGUUGCGUGUCAGGAUGAGAAUGGUGAGAUUGGAGAUUUCGGAUGAAAAUUUUUAUAUUUCUGAAAAUUAUUGAUUUUUGAGUGGUAAACCCUGUAUUUUUCUCUAUUUGAAAUAUUGGAAAAUACGAGGUUUUCACUCAAAAAAGUAAUUAACCGAUAUUUUUUUAAUGAAAAACAUUUUUUGUGUUUUUGACGAGAAAUUUAAACAAAUUUCAUUGCAAAAAUCAACAAAUCCCGAUUUGCUGAUCCUGAAAAGUCCCCUUAUUUUUUGUGUUUUUCAGGAAAAUCAUCGGUCACCAUUAUCGAUUCAAUUUGUCAUCAAAUCGUCCGAUCUUUCACCCAAAUCGGCUCAAAAACAACAUCGAUCGAAUUCUCGCCAGAUGGAAAAUGGCUUCUAAUCGCAGAUUCCGAUUGUCAUAUUCGAAUUUUCGAACUGACCACUUCAAAUCUGAUCGAUGUUCUAUUAUUCGCCAAACCAUGUGUUGGUAUUUCAUUCAACUCGACUGGCGAAUUUCUGGCAACUGCACAUGAAAAUGAACAAGCAAUUUAUAUCUGGGCAAAUAAGACAAUGUUCUUGGCACAUGUUAAUAUUCGAGCAUUGGAGUUGGAUUAUUUGCCAAGUUGGAAAGAUCAGGAAGAAGAUCAAGUGGAGAAAAGUGAUGAAGAAAUUAUGGAAAAUGAAAUAAUUGAUUGUGAUGAUGAUGAUAUUUUGGAAGAAGAAGAGAAUAGAUUGAGGAAUUUGCAAUUGGAUGAAACACUUGUCACUUAUUCUGGAUUGGCACCUUCGAGAUGGGCGAAUUUGCCGGAUUUGGCGAUGAUUAAGGAGCGGAAUAAGCCGACGGAUGCGCCCAGAAAAAUUAAACAGGUUAGCUAACUAUAGUCUAGUCUGACUUGAAAACAAAAUUAUGGACGCUGGAAACCACAAAACCACGUGGCAUUUUUUCUAAAAUUGUCAUUCUACAAAAUUCAAAACAAAAUGGGGAAUCUUGAAAUUGGCUUGGAAAAAUGUUUUUUUUUCUAAUCUGAGCAAUACCGAGUUUUUUUGUCAAGAACUCUCUCUCUCUUUCAAAAAGUAUAAAAUGUGUUUCUCAGCUUUUUCCUUAUGAAUCACCCCAUAAUUUUACGACGUGGCUUUCUGGGAAGAAAAUCAAAUUUAAACAAAUUUUGAAACUGUUAUAUUUUUUUGAAAAUUAGGAAAUGUAAGUCUGAAUAUUACUAACAAGUAAAUUGCUGUUACCUAUAUCGAAUAUUUUUAAUGAUAAAAUGUAUCAGAACUUUUUGAAACAGUGAAAAUAAGUAGACAAAAAUUAGUUGGAAAAAUCUCAAAAAACAUUUUUUUUUUUUGGAUUGAUUUAAUGAUCCGAUUUCGAUUGAGAAAUUAUUAGAUUUUUUUUGAAACAGUGAAUAAUUGAGAUUUUCAAAAUUUAAAUUUGGUGUUAAAUAUCCACCGCAAAUUUUUUGAAUCACGUUCUCAAAAAACAACCCACAUUUCGAACGCUCAACCCUUAUUUUUCUAGGCUCCAUUCUUCCUGACAGCUGCUCCAACUUUGGAAGGUUUCGAAUUCGAAUCACAGGAUUUUGGAGACGAACCCGAUUCCGAAUCUCGAAUUCUUCAAAAUAAAAGAAAUUUAUUGGAACUCGAAAGUUCGUUCACAAAAUUGUUGAGAAAUGCGAAAAACGAAGCGGAUUUGAUUGAUGCUUUUGAGAGUUUGAAAGCAAUGUCACUUACGGCUAUCGAUUUUCAAAUUCGAUCAUUGGCUACGACGGUUUUGGCCACGUUUUUUAGAAUGCUUUUGGAGGUGAGAGAAAUUUGAAGAUUUGGGUGGGGAAAAUUUGCGAAAUUUUGAAGUUUUCAGCUCAAAAUAUAGAAUUUUCAUAACAUUUUAAGAAACUGAAUCGCACUUUCUAUUUUUUGAAAAGGAAAAUUAUUUGUUUAUUCUUUUCUGUUAAUUUUUGGGUAAUCUAUUGCAAAUGAAUACCGCAUCAAUUCUCAAAUAAAAAUUGUUGUUUCCCGAAAUUUUUGAAACAGUAAAUUUUUUAACCAAAUAUAUUUCUCUAUUUUUUUGCAGGUGUUGAAAACGAAACGGGAUUUCGAAUUGGCUCAAGCUUAUUUGACAACUGCUAUCAAAAUUCAUAGGUAAGUUUUGUUUGAAUUUUGAAAAUUGAAAUUAGGCGCCCCAAAAAAAUUAUAGAAAAGUAUGCCAUGCUCAAAAAUUCCUAGAAUUUUUCAAAUCAAAAAUUUUUACUGUUUCAAGAAUUUAUUAAUAAUUUUCUGUGGUUUUUUGAAACUGAUCCAAUAUGUGAAUUGUUUUCGCCAAAAAUCUAAAAUUUAAAAUUUGAAUUUUUCGAUUCACCUUUUUAUUCGCCAGUUUCAAAAACCAUCAGGAAAUUAUAUGAAGUUUUGAAACAGUGAAAAAUUGUAAUUAUUUAAAACUGAAUUUCUUGUUGCAUUUCUUGUAAUUUUUUUAAAAUUAUUUUUCUCAGAACCGAAAUUUGGAAAAAAUCGGAUGAGACAAAUGAUGAUGAGUUGGACGAAGUCUUGCAACUAUUAUCAGAAGCUCAAAAUCAAAGUUGGAAUCAAUAUGAAGAAUUGAUGAUUGAGGAUAUGGCUGUUGUUCAAUGGAUUAAGAAUGCUUUGUUAUAG